CUGAAAGCCUUGUGACUGGUCAUACUCGUUUCCAGACAGACCAGACAUCAACACAACGGUCCGCGUAGACGAAUUAUUUACAAGAUGAAGAGCAGCAGGUUUCGGUUACAGGGGUGUCUCCUCCUCUUCCUCCUGUCCUGCUGUGCCUCCGUUCUUUCUCAGCAUGAGCAGCAGACCACCGUGGAGGCUGGAGCUCAUGUCUCUGGUCACGGUCACGGUCGACUUGACAAAAAUAUGGUCCAGGACAAAGACCACAUCAUGGAGCAUUUAGAAGGAGUUAUCGACAAACCAGAGAAGGACAUGACCCCCCAGGAGCUGCAACUGCACUAUUUCAAGAUGCACGAUUACGAUGGAAACAACCUGCUGGACGGGCUGGAGCUCGCCACCGCUAUUACACACGUACACAGAGAGGAGCGGGGAGAAAACAGCCCACCAAUGAAAGAGGAGGAUCUGAUCAGUCUGAUAGAUGACGUUCUUAAGGACGAUGACAAAAACAACGACGGCUACAUCGAUUACGCAGAAUUCGCCAAAUCUCUGGAGUGAAGCGUCACCUGAGCCCAUGAAAACCACAACAAGGAAUCUGCAGGACUAGAAGCCGACCAAGAAUCCAUAGUUUGAUCUUUGCUUUCACCCUCGAAGGCAAUCAGGAGAUGUCAGUGAUGAUUUAGGUUGGGAUUACUCUUUUUUAUUACUUCCAUAGUACAACAAGCAGUGAUGAGGAGGAGGACAAAAUGCACUGACUCUGGUGUGUGCUCAAACUUCACAGAGACAUCUGAGCACCUUCGACUUCUGCGGCUUCCUUGAAGUAAUUUUUAAAGGGUUAGUUCACCCUACUAUCACUAUAAACACCCUUUCGUUCUCUUUAUUGAAAGUACAAACAAAACUGUCUUUAUAUUUCUGCCAAGGACUGUUAGAUUCUUGAUUGUUCUUUAAAUAAUUUUGGGUGAACUGGCUCUUUAAACAUUGAGGACACUUAAAAGUGUUAUUUCUCUUUUAGUGGUGCUUUCAGUCGUUCAUUAGCAUGGAAACAGAAUGUCAUCACUUUAAAUGCUGGACUCAAACACACAUUUACAUGAAUACACCGCUGCUGUGUGGACCAAAUGAUUCCUCCUGUGAGAACUUCUGAUCGUAAAGAAGACAUCAGAUUUCAUCACGUAGUAAAGCUGCCUUAACUUUCACAUGAACAGCGGACAUGUAACUCAAUGGAGUGUGCUUAGAGGGAGGAAACCCUGCAGGACUCAGGAAAGGAAACUCGAGCUUCAAUGAAGAACAUCAUGAUGCUGAAGGCUUUUCAUUUUCCUCUUGUGGCUGGAGAAAGUAUAAGCAAGGAUGCAGAGGUGUGUCGUUUGUGGAAGUCUUUUGAGCUGUAGAAAAAAGUAGAAAACAAAGCUGGAAUAUACAAAUCAUGUAUGAAAAGUACAGAAAUGCUCUUUAUUUUCAGUAAAAAGAUGGCUCAAUAGCACAGAUAAUAACUGGUUCUUCAGGUUUUUGCUCCUCUCUUUCCUCCCUGCUUUCUUUUGCUUGUGUCUGAGGUGUGAUGGGCUAAGAGUGGAGGAAAGGAGGUGAGGAAAAGAAUCAAUAACGUAUGAGAAGAGGCCUGUUUGUGAAGAUAAUCACCACCAAACAAGCUGAUCACAUCCCGCUCACAUUGAGUUAGGCUGGCAACACGCUAGAUGAUUGAAAAUCUUCACCAAUAAUGAAAAAGCAGGAGAGCACAGAUAUGAUAAGUUACAUCCUUGGAAUACAAACCAGUUGGCCAGACUGCUGACAGAAGAUCGUACAGAAACUUGAGAUAAAAAGUCCUGAUUCGUGGCAUCCAGUUUGUGCUGCUUCCCGGUCUGCUUGGUCUUGCUGGCUUUUUCCAUUGGAGGCACCUCGAUCUGGAAUCUCAAACAUCAAACGUGUCUGCUUUGAUAUUUUAUAGCAACUCAGUGCUCUUGAGGAUUAUUUGGUCAAAUCUGACACAGAAUCAUCAGAUGUGUCGCCAGCCAACCCUAACAGUUCCUAACAUAACAAGCAUAAAUAGUGAAUGUACAGCAGCCUUAUGCUGCUGGUUCUCUGUCACUGGAUAAACUCAAAGCACACUGGUCGUCUCAGCUGGUGUCCAGUAAAGCUCUUGUAAUAAACCAUUAAACAUGUUUGUUCCAGCUGCCUCUAAACCAGACGAGGAGCAAACAUGUCUUUCUGUUGUUGAAUCCAGCUGUGAUUCUUUAUAAAGUUUAAAUUCUCAUGGAUGAAUUCUUUAUUUUUGCCAUCCAGUGUUGAUUCUUCAAUCAUUUCAGGUUGUUGAGUGAAAAUAUGUAAAAAAAAAAAUAAACUGAAAACAUGACGGAUGCAGCUGUGUUGUCUCUGGAAUGUGAAUAAAAAACUCAAA